UCCAUUUUUCAAUAUUAUUUUUCAUUUUUUUUUAUUAUAUAUUAAUAAUUUUUAUUUCCAUUUAAUCUCCUUUUUUUCGUAGGAAUUUGCUUUUCCAAAUACUUCUACGAUAAGGUACGAAAGUUGUUACACGUGGUCGUGUAUGCUAAGAAAAAUAACAAAUUUGUUUAUUUAUGUGCUCCAAAGGAUCCAGAAAAAGAGGCUUCAAGGGGCACAGCACCAUCUCCUGGGCUAAAUUGCGCUGGAAGGAUUUUUUUAUUAACAUUUUAGGUACAUACACCUGCAACUCCUACGUUAGGGCUUCAAGGAUCAUCAGAGGAGAGAAAACCAUAUCCUCGGUUCAAUUAUCCUUGGAACGCUGUUCUUCAUUUUCAGGUACAGCUUCUGGACUUUUUGAGCAACAGACAGCGGUAGAGAGGUACUACCGAUUUCUGGAUUGAUCUCGACUCAUUCGGUUGUAUACCAUCAUAAAGUUGCUCAUUCUCUUAUAAUUAUAUUGCGUUCAUAUUGCAUUGUGUUAACGGUACGAAAAAUGUACCGGCUCGAAGGUAUUCGUUCGAGAAAAAAUUUAUUCGAUUGUACGCCGGAUCAUCGAGCUCGUAUAAAUAGGUUGAUGCAGAGAGCACGAUCGGAUUAUUUUACAAACAGUUUGCCAGGCGUAGAUGAGCCUGCUCUUGAAAGCGAUUUAGGAUUUGCUUCGCUUCUUCCUGAAUUACAUGCUGAUCGUUAUGAUGAUGUGCAGCAGCAGCAGGAGCAGCAGCAGGCGGUGGCUAGGGCUCCUUCUAUAGUAUCGAACGAUUCUCGUUCUCUUUUCGAUGAUGUGAGGGAUGUUGAUUCUUCAUCUGAUCGUUUAUCAGAUUGUUCAUCCGUAGGAUUUGAGAACGUGGAGCAGUUCGAAGCUAAAUUACGUACACUAUUCACAGAGAAUAACAUCAACCAUCAGCAAGCUGGAACUAUUUUGCGACUCCUCAAAAGUCAUGCUUGUUUCACUGGGCUUCACGUGGAUCCUAGAACGAUAUUGCGCACGCCAGCUCAUUCGGCUUGUAUAAAGAAAGUAGCUGGAGGAGAAUAUUUGCACUUGGGCGUCCAGGAGGCCAUUUGCUCAAUUAUAUCGUCCACUUCUUUGCGUUUGCAUCCAGCUGGUGCUCUUGAAAUUGACUUCAGCACCGAUGAGGCAUCUCUCGAUAAAAAUGGAAAAAUAUUAAUGUGGCCGAUACAGAUCAGGGUGGCGAAUAUUUCCGGCAGUGCUCCACAAACAAUUGGAAUAUUCAAAGGUUCAUCCAAACCCACGAGUGCCUUAAUUUUCUUUCAAUAUUUUGUUGACGAAGUCGAUUCCAUCAUUCGUAAUGGGUUGAAUUUCUUGAAUGGAAUUAAGCAAGUUGUUUUAAGAUGCUUCAUCGCUGACGCUCUUGCUCGCGCUUUUACUCUAGGACAUCGUAGCCAUAAUUCACGAGCACCCUGUUCAAGGUGUUGGGUCAGGGGUGAACACGUUAGAGCUGGUGUUAUGGUUUACAGGGGGACAGAUCACAGACUUCGCACGGAUGAAGAGUAUCGUUCUAAAUUAGAUUUAGAUCAUCACAAAGAUGAAGAUUGCGCUCUCGCUAAUCUUCCAUUUGAUUUAGUUGGUAGCACGGUUUUCGAUUACAUGCACCAGGUAUGUAUCGGUGUAAUGGAAAAAAUUUUACAAGGAUUGAUCGACGGUAGAUUUAUUGCAUCAGCAAAAAUCGCUGAUAAGUGCAGUCUACAAAUUUUGGAUAAUAGACUGGAGCACGUGAAAAACUUUUGUCCGUCGGAUUUCGCUCGGAAGCCUGUCAAUAUUCUAAGGCAUGGCCAGUUUAAAGCCACCGAGUACCGUCAGAUUCUUCUCUACAGUGGUCCAGUAAUUUUUCGAGGACUUAUGAACCCUGCUAUGUACAAGCAUUUCAUUCUGCUUAGUACAGCAAUUCGAAUCCUCGCAAAUCCGGUUGUCUCUAUGGAGUCCAUUGAUUUUGCUGAAAAAUGUAUCAAAUUGUUCGUGGAGACUGCCUCGGAUGUAUACGGCAUUGAAUUUCUUUCGUACAAUGUUCACACAUUGUUGCAUUUACCAGAUGACGUAAAACGUUAUGGUCCUUUGGAUAAUUUCUCCGCUUUUCCGUACGAGAAUAACAUGUCCUUUUGUCGGAAAUUAUGUCGUAAGAACGAUCAGCAUUUGCAGCAAAUUUCCAGGAGACUGGCUGAAAAUUGCCGCACUUCAUCCAAAAAAUUUGUCGAUCCAGGUCACUUAAGUUAUAUUUCCAAUCAUUUGAGAGGUCCUCUUAUUCUUGGUUGUGGAGAAUGCAUGCAGUACAAGAAGGUUGUAAAAGGCUCGACUCAUUUAUCAAUUAUAAAAAAAGAUAGUACGGUCAUGCUGGACGAUGGUUCGAUAGGCAUCAUAAGAAAUGUCAUCGAAUUAAAAGAUCAGGGAUGUCAUCUGGUAAUCAAUCUUUUUAGCAACAUUGAGGAUAUUUUUGAUCUUCCUUGUAGCUCCUCUUUGGUUGGAAUUUUUCGUUGUUCUAAUCUGAAUCGUCAAAUAACUAUUGUCAAACUCGAACGAGUGGUUGACAAGUGUUUCAGAAUGCCGUACUGGUCAGCUGACGAUCGCAUCUCUUCAACGUAUUGCACCGUAGUUAAAAUCCUAUCCGCUCGGUUAUAAAAUUUCCUUUUCUAUCAUUAUUCCAUAUUUUUCAUAAUAAUGUCAAUUACUUUUUUUCCAUUAUUAUCAUCCAUCAAUAUUUCAGAUGAAUUCGAAAAACUCCGGUUCUAUUUCUCCUCGCAAAGCUGCUGCGAAUUUGAAUAGAAGUAUGCAGUCCCUCAAAGAAGGCUUUAAACCUGCACCUUCUUCAAAAGGUCAACGCUACAAGUCGACAGCUCAACCGAGCAAUUAUCAAUCCCAGUCAUUGAUCUCCAAGACGCCUGGACCGUACCGACCACGACCAGCAGUAGCAGCACGACCAACAGCACCAGCACGACCAUCAUCGACAUCUCAAUCUUUCACGCAAUUUCAACCGCGUUUAAAAAUAUUUUAUACGACUAUAAUAUUCUUUGUAUAGAUAGAUUGUCCAUUUAUUGUAAUAUUAUUAUUAUUUAUUUUACAGCAUCAACGUCUCGUGAUCAGAGCCGCGGCCAAUCAUUAGCGAGACAAAAUGUAGUGGUGCAGCAGGAUUCUGUGGCGAUCCAACAACUCAACAGCAAAAUCGACUUUUUAAAUCGAAAAAUUGCCAAGUUGGAAGGCUCAAACAA